AUGUACUCCCAUGAUUUCCGAGAUCACAGCUACCGCGGCUUCCCCGAUCGAUCUGCGCACAUUAUGCCGGAGAUGCCAUUCUCAUCACACGGCCCGAUGCCCAUCCCAUCACGAACCGCUAUGAACACCGCUCCUCCACCAUUACCACCACCUCCGAGGAUCCAUGAUCUGGACAACGGCUAUGAUGCAGGCUGGCUACACGCUAAUUCAGAAAAGCCAAGUCAUCUUGCACCUAUUAAUCCGAACUCGAGCUUGUUUGGAGGUCAUCGACGGGCAGAGUCGGUUCUUCAAAGUGAUCGCAUGGCAGUGGAUGACGACUUCGAAGGCCGACAGAGUGGCGUACCAGUAUCCCGGAGCCCGGAGGCCCAAAUCAUGAUUGCACCGCCUCCACCAGCCGAUGAAGGAUUCCCCAAUUCCGUGUCGGUUAACCAAUCUGGCCCAGUUUUGAAAGGAGAGCGCAAUUUCUCAUUACGCAGUGUGCAAGACUCGUCCAAUGCAUAUGAUCAGCACCUGUUAUCAAAGAUUGGAAAACCGUUGUCCCCUCGGGGAUCGAUUAGCCAGGGCACGGAAAAUCGAGGCUCGGUGCCAGCACUCACGGUACCUUCACGAACGACGAGCAAUAUUCCCUCCCCCGGUCCAUCAGAGAGCUCAACGUUAGAUGUGAAAUGGCAUAACAGCCCCCAGUCCGGAGGAGUGUCGCCCAGGACCAAAGUUGGCUGGAGGAGAGAGUACAUUGAUGGCCGCAGUCCGAGUUUAGAGAGUAUCUUACCAUCCGCGGCGUUGGAUUACGAUCAUCACGGUUACCGGCGUCGAUAUGGCGGAACGACGCCCCAACGAGAGGAUAGCAUCAGUCUACCAAGCCGAUCGAACCGGGGUAGCUACGACCAAGGGGUUUUCUCAGAUCUCGAGGGCGAAUUCUCUACCGAUGAGCCUGCGGCCCCGCGACAAUUUGUUAUCCGGGAACCGACACCUCCUUACGCAGAAACUUCGAAGCAGGGCAUGAAGCGGCGAGCAUCUUCACCCCCACGAGAACCGAUGACCGACGAUAGACACCCCACUUUGCGCGUAACCAUGAGCAGUAGUGAUCUAUCCCAGCGGCGGAAGAGUGGGCAACCCUUUUCGAACACGCUGUCAGUGAACAACAGUUAUGCUCCAAGCCACCGGACCCUAUCGGCCGGAUCGUCCUUGAGCAUCCACACCUCCGGCUCGUACUCGUCCACCCUGUCGAUUGGAAAUAGCAGCAUGACCAGUUUGUCACCUUACGAUCGACCGUCUCCAGGCGGCCUCUCCCCCAGCUCAGAUCUCGAUACCUUCCAUGAGAAGUCAAUCAUGAAUCCAAGCGCCUCUGCUGGAGCCCCACUCAUUCAUCCGGCCGUGUCCAGAGGCAUUUCGGGGUCCAACUCGCUGGAACCGCCGAUCACGGACACGACCGGGAAGAUACCAAUGCCGGCUAAUUUGAAUAUCUCUAAAGGAGCAAGCUCAAAGAUGAGCGGGCUUUACAUUUGCGACUGCUGUCCAAAGAAGCCCAAAAAGUUUGAUAAUCCGGACGAUCUACGAGUUCAUGAGAUGGAGAAGCAGUACUCAUGUCAGUAUUGCAACAACAGAUUCAAGAACAAGAACGAAGCAGAACGUCACCAGAAUUCUCUUCACCUCCGACCUCAUUCAUGGUCAUGCGCCGCUCUACCAAACUAUCAAUCCGCUUUUCAUGGCUCUGCAGCUCCCUCCGCCCAGACUACUGCUGGGCCUUCUCACGACACAUGUGGUUACUGCGGAGAGGAGUUCCCGAACUUCCCCCAACCAGAUUGGGACCGGCGGUUUGAACAUCUGACUACUGUGCACAAGUAUGGCGAGUGCAACAACGCGAAGAAAUUCUUCCGUGCCGAUCAUUUCCGACAACAUUUGAAGCACAGCCAUGCAGGAAGUAGUGGGAAAUGGACCAAUAUCUUGGAGAAUGCUUGCAUGAAGGAAGAGCAGCUGCCCGAGCCUCGAAAGGAUAAAGCUCUACAUUCCGCUAGCGGAUCAGGCUCUGCUACUCAGCCUUCAGCCGGAUCACUGACUUCCAAUACGAUUGACGAGGUUCUCAGCGAGAGAUGA